UAGAACAAUCAUUACACCUCCAGGUUCUGUCUGUUGCCUCGAUCGAUCCGGAAACUCCAGCACAGUCAUAGUGAGCCCAUGCAGAGCAACUGUCACAGCCGACAAGAUUGUCAGCGCUGUCCGAACGACUGCACAUGAAGCAGUUGUGCGCAGGUUUCUCAGCCCCAGUGGCCUCGGUUGAUGGGCAUUUAUUAGAUAGUGCAUCGCCUUGAGUGUUGGGCAUGGUAACCAUUUAAUUUUUGAAGAUUGUUGUGGAUAACGUUGAUGCAAAACACCGAUUUUUAAUAGCUGAUGCUUCAAACUGCAAGUAUAUUGAAUUCAUUACAAGUGUCUGAUAAUAAGGUGAUUUAUAUGGUGACUUACAAUUAAAGUGUGCGUUAGUGGUAUAUUUCCACACAAUUUCAAACGGGGCUCGAUGGUUAGCUAAUCUACCUGAUGGUCUAGAAAUUCACGAUCAUAUAUGUAGUUAACCUAAAAGCAUUCAAUCUGUCUAUUUCAGAUGUAAUUUAUCUGUGUUCUUACCGUGUAAAGGUAAACUUUUUCUCUAGUUUCCUUUUUAAAGUGUAGAUUAACUAUUUAGCACUAAUGUAAAUAAACUGUUCUGCGAGGCAGUGGCUGAGGGAAAGUGUAAUUUUGUGAUUUUCAGAAAAUGUGGUUCUAGCGAGUGAUCGUUCGAUGAAGUCGCCGAAACUCACUCAUCAGGUUCUUGGCACAGUGGGUUCGACAACAUCUACCAAUAACAUGCAUUAUCCGAAAAAGUCCACACUAUUCGACGAAUGCUCGAUUUUUGUUGCGAGACGGAUUUUUGGUGGCUGUCGUUGUUGUUGGAAACCUAGGACACUCUCAGGAUCUCCUGAAGAAAACGGGAGACAUUGAGACCGUCUCGAGACGAACCGUCUAGGUCUCCUAGUGUGGACCAUGAUGAAUCUAGAUAUGGUGGUCUCACUUUGGCAAAAAGUAGACGAGGGUUGGAUGCGGCGGUGGGGGCGAAACGCUGCCGAAAUUUGACAGCUGGCUGUUGGCUGGGCUGCUGACUGGCUGGGAAGCCAUGCAGGUGCACUGAUUCUUAUCAAACACGGAGUUCUGCCAAUCGUCAAUAUAUUGCUCAGAUAAAGAUUUCGUCAUGAUUUUUGCAAAUAUAAUCCAUAUAGAAGCGAAAAAAUCCAUCAACAUCCGGUAUAGGAUUAUGGUUAAUUGGUGCAACCUUAAAAGAUCCUUCUUAUUAUCACGGUUAAUCACAGCUAUUUUGGAGCAUCCGAAGAGCGCGGAGUUUUUUGUAAUUAAGAAAAUAAACUAUUAAUAAAACCCAGCUUUCAGUUAGCUGUCAAAACUUUUUCAAUAUGGCUGAACGUGCGAUUCGGCAUGUGAGACCACCAUACUAGAUUCAUCAUGGUCCACACUCGGCAUCCGGCUUGUUUAUGUGCAUGUUUACAAAUACUGAAGGAAAAGAGGUUUUUCUCGAUAACACCCCAGAUAUUGGAAUUUUGUUAAAAUAUAGUAUAGAAUUAGUUUAGGUAUAGAUAUAAAGGAUUUAGGCACACCCCAAGCGGCUUGACCAAUGAAGUGUUACAGCAAUCAUAAAAAUAGUACACUUAUAAGUAAAUAAAUCAUUCAAUUCAAUUAAAUCAAAGCAAUUGAAAUGGUCGUGUUCGAAUUAGCAUCCUAUCCGGAAGUAUGCCGAAUAUGCCUGCAUUCGAUUCCGGUGAGUUCGGUGAUCCCACUGAAGGAAUAUAAUUCCGAUUUGAACGAUACCGUGGAUCGGUUGAUUAAUUCAGUGGCGUAUACUGUUCCGAAGAACGUAGAACAUCUGUUUCCGCAACAAGUUUGUGAAAAGUGCUACACAUCGUUGGAGUCCUUUAUUACUUUUCGGUCAAAUAUGAUUCUUUUCCAUCAGUUCAUGGAAGCAUUGGUAGAGGUGAAACAAGCUAACACCAGUCCGAUCAAAAAUCUGUUUCAGAAACGACCGGAAGUUGUGGGAUUACUCCAAACAUUGAAUCUGUGCAAUAAAGAAAAAGCUUCCGUCGAUGAUUUACUGGAUGAGUUUCCCAGCUAUAGGCUGGCUCAGCUACCAGCCAAAUACGAACUGCAUUCAGAAGGAAUCAAGAAGGAGCGCAAGGAUGAUGCUGAUGAUUUCGAGUCUUUAUCGGAAAUAAUUCCAGAAUCAUUUGGAACUACUGAAUUGGUUAUAAAACUAGAUCCUAUGGAAGCACUGAUGGACGGACAUAGUACAGAAUCGCAUUCCCCGCGGAAUGACAAUUUCGAUGAUCUUGCAGAAGAUCGAGAAUUCUCGGAAAACGAAUCGGAAACGAGCGCCAAACACACGCCUAAGGUCAAAGUAAAACGAAAAAUAGAUCGAUCCAAAAACGCACCUAAAAAGAUGAAAACUGUUUAUGAAUGUCCCAAUUGUGAUUUUAAAACUACGUACAAGCGAAAAUUUCAAAGGCACGGAAAGACUCAUCUAAAGAAGGAAAUAAAACGAUUCGUCUGUCGAGAGUCCGGUUGCACGGAGGUGUUUUCCGAGUCCCGGGAAUAUCUCGCCCACAGAGCCAACCACCGGCUGUUCACGUGCGAAUACUGUGGCAGCCAAUUCAAAACGGCCAGUGACCUCAAAAGCCACUUGCUGCUACACGAAGGCAAACCGAUAUUCCGCUGCGAGUAUUGCGACUAUACGGCAGUCAAAAGGGAAUAUGUAAGGCACCAUGUGCGCAAUCAGCACGCCAAAACUAAUUCGUUCAAAUGCAACGUAUGCGACUUGAUUUUCGCGCGGAAAAAUACUAUGACAAACCACAUGAAUAUUCACACAAAAGAAAAAACCUAUACCUGUACGAUAUGUGAGAAGGUAUUCUACGUCGAAAGUUAUUUGAAGAAACACGUCGCAACUGUACACGAGAAGACGCGAAGAACCUGUGAAUACUGUUCGAGGGACUUCAGCAAGAAGGAAGUGCUUAUCGAUCACAUCGAGAAGGAUCACGGGAUUCAAAAGCGCUUCAUUUGUGAUAUCUGUUUGGACGUAUCACCGUCGCAGUCUGCGUUAGAUGCUCACAGAAAGCGUCAUGAGAAUCCCAAGCAUUUAGAAUGCGGCCGUUGCUUAACUGCACACACCACACAAGAAUCUUUGGACAAUCAUCUCUGCAUAACCUACAGGGAGAAUUAUUUUUGCUGUGGCAGAGACCGACGUCACCAUAUGACCUAUAACAAGCACAUGUAUCAAGCUCACAGUAUGCGUACAAAUGUGAGGGUGAAACCUGUACCCGGCGAAUUGAUGGGUGUAGCAAGAGCAAAAAGGAAACGUGUAGAAAGCUGUUCAUCUUGUGAGAUGAUAUUCGAAACCAGAGCGUUGAAGAAAAAACACAUGGAAACUUGCAGAGCAGCUAUCGAAAGUGCAGCCUUAAGUUAAACAACGAGUACGGCUGAAGAAAUCCUACAAUAUAAUUUUGAGUCGUUUACUUCUGAGAUAGGAGUUCUUCGAAAUCUUCCGAACGCGAAGGUUUAAAAUUCGAAAAACGUUAUCAAGUGUUUUUAUGUCAUAAUAGCUCGAUGAUGUGUACUGCAAUGUUUAAAUUUUUUUAAAUGCGUGAACUUUGCUGGUAUCAUGAGGG